AUGGGACACGUGGCCAAACGGCUGCUACUGACACAUGGCGUGAACCCAUUGGUAGUUGAGAUUGACGAAGAAGACAACAACGACGACAAUAUUCUAGUUGACUUGGGCAAAACCGUGAUAAAUAAAGAGAAGUUACCAGUCAUGUUCAUAGGGGGAAAGUUGUUUGGAGGAUUGGAAAAUCUGAUGGCUGCUCAUAUUAAUGGUGAUUUAGUGCCAACUCUCAGACAAGCUGGGGCUUUAUGGCUUUGA